CCGUUCAUCAAACUGCAGCAUCGUGCUCGCUUGUAGUAGCAUGUUGUACUGCUGCAGUAGCAGCGGCAGAAAUGGUUGUCCUUCUGCGCAAGCCUUCGUCGCCUCGCCAACAACGCACGAACGAUCUGCUCCCGCGCUAGCUUUCCGUGGGCGUGGACGAGGAGGAUCAACCAACUGGGCCGCGGAGAUGGCGUUCCCUGCGGGGAGGCUUUGGUGCUUCAACACCGCGCUGGCCUUCACGCGACAACAAAUGAUCGACAUGGGCCUCGUGCCGCCAGAGGCGUCCGAGCAGGAGGCACAAGACCUGCUACCAUCGCGCCCCCCCUCCACGGAGGAGGAGGAGGGCGCAGGAGGUCAUCCGGCGGCAAUAGCCGAUGACGCCGAGGAGCCGGCAGAGGCUGUAGGCCUGAUCGGGCACUUCGAGGCCUCGCGCCUCUUGGUCCAGAAGGGCAAGGAGGGGACUUUCGUGGGAUCGUUGGACAUGAGCAUGACGGAGCGGGAGCUCGUCUCGACGGAGGAGGGUGUCGGUGAGGGCAGGUAG